CUCAGGGUACGUAGUUGAGUAUGAGUGAAAAGCGCAGCCGCUGCAUGGACAGUGGAGAGAGGUGAGAAGCUGUCUGUGGGUGAAACGUGGCGUCCUGUGGUCCAAAAGACACACUCCUGAAGUAAAACAGCUCACUGGUGCAGCACUUAUCAAAACACGACAUCAUGACUGACAGAAAGGCCGUGAUCAAGAAUGCUGACAUGACCGAGGACAUGCAGCAAGAUGCUGUGGAUUGUGCCACACAGGCCAUGGAGAAGUACAACAUUGAGAAAGACAUUGCUGCCUACAUCAAAAAGGAGUUUGACAAGAAGUACAACCCCACGUGGCACUGCAUCGUGGGACGGAACUUCGGCAGCUACGUGACGCACGAAACGAAGCACUUCAUCUACUUCUAUCUCGGUCAAGUUGCCAUCCUGCUCUUCAAGUCAGGCUGAGAAAGGCUUUCCACUUUCCAUCGCACAAAUUCUGAGCUUAAGCUCCAAACCUGGACUGUGAUGCACUGAUGACUGAUGCCACAACACACACACGCGCACAUACACACACUCAUGCGCACACACACACACACAAACAAACACUCUAACACUAACACACAUACAUACAUACAUACAUACAUACAUACAUAUAUAUAUAUAUACACACAUGAACACAACCAUACUCUUGCUCACCCUGAGAAAAUAGCUAUGGAGGCUGUGCAUAAGUGCAUGGACCGUGUACAAUAUUUAAUUUGUAUAUGUUGCUUUUCUGUAGUUGCUCUUGAGUUAAAGCAACUUUUUUUGCUGAGUAUUUUUGCAAAGUUGAAUUUUGUUUUUGCACUAAAAGUUGUAUAAACUGCUUUGACUGCUGCCUUUAAGUAAUAUUAAAGAACAAUACAUCAUA